CUCUUUUUAUGACUCCGUUUUUUUCCCCCCCUGUUUUUCUUUUUCUUUUUACCCAGAGUUCAUUUCUGUCUCAAAUCUUCCGGGCCCUUUCGGGAGUUCAGUCAGAAAGUUGCUAACUAGUUUCUCGUUGCCGUAAAGUUUUAGACGGAGUUUUUGUCGGACUCUAUGUUUCGACAGACGUCUGGGACAUUAACCUCUCCACCGUCGCUCGUGUUUGUUGGUAAAUGUCGUAUUUGUCGGCGUUCCUGUCACAGCCAGCGUUUAUUAAACCAUGGAGGACCCAAACAUGCCUCAGAGAAAAAUGUCCAGGGCCGGAGAAAGCUUGUACGUGGUCCUGGGUUUGGAGAAAGGAGCGAGCCCUGACGAGAUAAAAAGGGCUUAUAGGAAAUUGGCAUUGAAGUAUCACCCUGACAAGAACCCGGACAACCCAGCUGCUGCUGAGAAGUUCAAGGAGAUCAACAACGCCAACGCCAUCCUCAACGACGAGAACAAGCGCAAAAUCUACGACGAAUAUGGCUCCAUGGGCCUCUCUGUGGCCGAGCAGUUUGGUGAAGACGGCGUCAAAUAUCAUUUCCUCAUGUCAAAGUGCUGGUUCAAGGCGCUGUUUUGCUGCUGCACUAUCUUCACCUGCUGCUGCUGUUUCUGCUGCUGCUGCUUCUGCUGCGGGAAGUGCAAAAGCGGAGAGGAGGAAGAGCAUCCCAUCAUCGACCCGGAAGACCUGGAGGCGGAGCUCAGAGAGCAGGAAGAAGCACCAGGCCAUGUAAUAGUUAUUCAGCCCAGCUCCUCUCAGACCUCAGGUGAGAACGCACCGAUCGUGAUUCAGCCUCAGGCAUCCAACGGCACCUCGAGCCCCGCAGAGGCCCAACCUGGACCUGGCGAGGAUGGAAUGAGUGAAUAAAUCCACGGAUGAGUGAGUCUUUAAGAAGACGAGCUUCACUUUGUUUUUUGUUUUUUUGGGACUUUGUGUGAACUCGAGGUCUCACCAGCUGCUGGUGUUCAAACCAACGCACAGGAAACGUAUCGGGCCUUUCUGUUUACAUGAAUCAUUCUUCAUAAUGGUAUUGCCAUGUUUUGUUUUGUUUUGUUUUGAUGACAAAGCCUUGCAGAUCAAAACCACUGAUCUCUCAAAAAACUGUUGUUUUAUUUUUUUGCUUGUGCACUUUAAACUCACAGGUUAGUGUAAAAGUUGCCAUAGUGGUCUGAAAACGUCUCCGCUCAGGAUUCCUACAUGUGGACAUCUGUUUUAUUUUUUACAUAAAUAUACAUAUAUUUAACAGGCUAAUUCAGAUUAUUCAUAUUAUUUGAGGCCAACCACUUGUCUUCCUGUAAAUAUUCACGUAGGAAUAAAUGACCUAAUGACUUUUGGGUUGACACAUCCGGUGUUUCUCUGUUGGGUGAUGCUGGUCUAUCUGUACUUCAAAUGUCUUUUCUAAUCAUCUUCAUGUGAGAGUUGGAUGGUUUUUAAGCUUUUUUUUUUUCUUCUUUCUUCACUCAAUCUGAUUAUUUUAUAUAUUUUAUAUAAUAUAUAAUUUACACAUAAAGCCAGCACGGCCGCAGCUAGCUACUUUUACCUUUUUAUUAGGUAAUCUUUAAUUAGCCGGCUUAAAAAGGCGUUUACAUUAUUUAUUCUGCUCAGCUGUGGCUUGGCGAGGUCGUCGGUGUUACUCGUGGGCCCCUAUGAGAUUAUUACGGUAUGAUGACCUUGAGUGGAAAUACUACAGUUUCACAGAAAUAAAGAGGUAACGAUAAUAUGAUUUUCAUUUUGAUGUGUAGUCUUAAGUAAAAAUUGGCAAUAAACGCCUAAAAUUUAAGGGCUGGUUACAGGGAAACAUCCAUUUUUGACAGUUAGCCACGCUGCCAGCUCAUCCUACCAACGAGCAAUCAUACAUGCUACUCAUAACUUAACUUGCUUUUGUCUGUUUUUGUGACCAGAAAUGUUCCCAAACUUCCAAAUUUUUUUUUUUUUUUUUUUUUUUUUUUUAAGAUAAACGAUAAAAUUGCUGGAGUUGUCCUUUAGCCUCCUGACCACCAGGGUGCAGCACCAGUUAGGUGGAGAGGUUGGGCUGCUCUGCGCUCACCCUGGCACUUUCUCUCAUUACAGUGUUAGAAAGACAUGAUGAAAAAUGUUCGUGGUUUUGAAAUUGUAACUCGUUUAAAAACGUUUAUCAGUCACCGUUCUGUGUAUCUUCAUUAUUUAGCAACAACACAGUAGUUUGCGCUAAAAGGCUGUAGCAUUGAGCGCAGCAUUUGGAGAGAAGCAAUCGGGAAGUUUCCAUCUGGUCUCAGGGAGACACUUCGAAAACUGGCCUGCAGGGGGAGCCAGAGGCACACUUUCCUUUAGCAUUUUAAAGGAAACGGCCUCGUGGCUGCUUCUGAUUCUCUAAAGUAAUCUGCACAGUUUAUUAUUGGACAGUUGGAUAAGCUGUAGUUAAUCAUGUAACCAAAAGUGUACUGCUUUUAUUAAAAAUUUGACUUUAUUAUACAAACCCAACCAAGAGGUUCGUGGAGGUGUUGAAGGUAAUUUGCUGCUGCAGCACCGUUUUGAAAUGAGCUAUCACCACAACAGGAAUGUCAUGUGUCCAAACUGUCAGGUGAAUAUGUCAAUACCAUUUUUACAAAAUAUCUCCACGUUGGUUUUGGUUUGUUUAAACCAUAUAUCUUCUCCGUCUUGUAUCUGGUGAUGGGAUCAAAACGUUUUUGGUUUUUUGUUUUAGGCGUAUAUGGUAAAUUAUUCUGUGAAUUCAGAUCUGAAUUUUUGAUUGUAGGUUUUUUCAUUCAUAUUGUAUUUUUAUAUUUAUAAUAAUUUUUUUGCCUCGUAUCUGGAUUUGCUAGUGGUCUGUACUCUCUUCCUUCUGCCUGAAUGAAAUUAUGAAAAAGUCUGUAUAACUAAUGGAAAUGACUCUGAAGUGCCUGAAUAUAUUCUUAUAUAUCCUGUUCAUUUUUACUAGAAUAUUAAAUGAACUUUUUUUUUUCCCCUCAACAUUCCAAAUAUUUUUCUACUUUUUAGCGUUUUUGUAAAAUUAUAGCAACAUAAAUGUAUCAUGAAAUAAAUUUCUUGGCUAUCAUGGA